GUUGUUUCCAAUUCGGUUUGUUGACGCUAAAAAGUGUGGUUAUAUUUAGGUUCCUCUAGAGGUUUUUUUUCAUAAAAACAUUAAAAUGGUCGUUGAAAAUAAACGUCGAGCCGAAGAUUCGUCGUCUUUAGUCCCCGUUAGCAAAAAAUCUAAAAAUGAAGUGGCCACAUCCAACAAAAACAAAUCGGUUUUACAAGCAGCUCCUGCGAGGACUUCCAAUUUAUUUGCACCCAUCAUGUUACUGGAAGGCCAUGAAGGUGAAAUUUUCACGGUGGAAUUUCACCCUGAGGGUCAAUAUUUAGCAUCAUCAGGUUUUGACCGUAGAAUAUUUGUUUGGAGCGUUUAUGGUGAAUGUGAAAACUUGUCAGUAAUGAGUGGGCACACUGGGGCUGUCAUGGAGCUCCACUUCACCACAGAUGGCAGCAACAUUUUUACAGCCAGCACGGAUCAUACUCUAGGCCUCUGGGAUUUACCGACGAGUCAAAGGAUUAAGAAAUAUAAGGGUCACACCACUUUUGUAAAUUCAGUCCAAGGCGCGAGGCGAGGACCACAAAUGUUGGUAUCAGGAAGCGACGACACUACCAUAAAAUUGUGGGACAUUCGCAAGAAGCAAUCUGUAACGACUUUCAACUCAAAUUAUCAAGUCACCGCUGUUGAAUUUAACGACACUGCUGAACAAAUUUUCAGUGGGGGGAUUGAUAAUGACAUAAAAGUGUGGGAUAUUCGCAACCACGAAAUUAUUUACACUCUUAAGGGGCACACGGAUACGGUUACGGGGCUGGCAUUGAGUCCCGAUGGCUCUUAUUUAUUAUCAAAUUCGAUGGAUAACAGUUUGAGGAUAUGGGACGUAAGGCCAUAUGCGCCGCAAGAAAGAUGCGUUAAAGUUUUCACAGGACAUCAACAUAAUUUUGAGAAGAAUCUUCUGCGAUGUGCUUGGUCUAAAGAUGGUUCCAAAGUGAGUUCAGGGUCGGCUGAUAGAUUUCUAUAUAUUUGGGAUACAACCUCAAGGAGAAUUAUUUAUAAGUUGCCUGGACAUAAUGGGAGUGUUAAUGCUGUUGACUUUCAUCCAAAUGAGCCAAUUGUUGUGUCGGGUGCAAGUGACAAACAGAUUUAUUUGGGUGAGAUAGAUUAGAAAAUUUGUGAAAUUUUAUAAUAAAUCUUUUUAAUGAAA